AGUCAAUAAAACAUAUGAUGCUGUCCAGAUGGACUGCUGCUCACUUGCUGAAACGGCGACAAAAUGCGGACGGCGCUUCAUCUGCUGCUCCUGCUCAUCCCAAAUGGAGGAUGCACAGGUGGUCCCACCUUUACGACAAAGACCGUUGCAGUUGGACAAGAUGUCUCUCUGGAAUGUCCCCGGGACAAAUCCAGACUUCAGGAUCGUCUUUUUUGGAUCCGGCUUGUUUCUGGAAGCUUUCCUGAACGUUUAGCUGAGGCGUCAGCCUUCGAUUUGACGAAACCUCAUCUUGGGCCAUCAAACAGUGAACGUCGCAUCACAGCCGAAAAACAGCCAGGAAUUUUUGUUCUGCAAAUUCAUCAAGUGCAGAAAAGUGACAUGGCCGUCUACUACUGUUGCAAUUCGACAACAUGGGGUUAUAACAUGGCAUUUGUGAAGGGAAUAUUUCUGCAGGUCAAAGAUUUCCCAGAAACAGGACCGUCUGUCUCUCUAGACUUGCGGUCUGAGGCGGGCCCACCUGGAUCACCUGUGACCUUACGGUGCUCGGUCGUCUCCCGCCCGGGGAAUAAAACGUGUACGGAUGGACACAACGUUUACUGGUUCAGAGCUGGAACAGAUGGCGCGCAUCCCAGCUUCGUUUACGCUCAUGAACAAUGCGGAGAGGUCGAAGGUGGCUCGACGCGGAAAUGCGAUCCCGUUUUCUCAAAGAACGUCACCUCCUCCGAUGCCGGAACUUACUUCUGUGCUGUGGCCACGUGUGGGGAGAUUUUCAUGAGAUCCGCAAAAAUAGUCACCAUUGAAGAUGCCUGCAGGUGUGAUUCACAAAGGUCUGUUAUCAUCGUCUUGGGUGCUGCUUCGGCCUUAAUCUUCAUCCUGUCAGCCUUCCUCAUAUUCAAGAUCAAGACAAAAAGAUGUUUUUGCUGCAAAGGUCAAACAUUAUUCCAGGGACCUCCUUAUAAUUCGAGUGCCGGUUCAAGAUAAUUACCAUCAUCACCAUACCAUGUAUCCAUCUGAGCCACAAGCAUUAAACAUUUGAAAAAUAAGAAUUUUUUUUGGGGGGGGGGGAAAGAAAAAAAUCAAUCUUUACGAGAGCAAAAUCGGAUUUUGUAGGGAAUACGUAAAGUUGCAAGAAAAUGUUGUAAUACUGCAUUAUAAUUUCAAAGCCAAAGUUGAACGAGGGAAAAAUGUUAGUGUUUAAGAAAAUCGUGCAAUUUCAAAAAAAUGUACUUUAUUACUAUAAAGGCUUUUAGUCUUUCAAAACAAUAGAAACAAAUCGAAACGCGAAAUUUAUGCCAAGAAAUUUGACUUUAUUCCUGUUAUAAUAAGCCUUUUGUUCUUUAAAAAAAAAAAAGAUUAAUAUUCAUGCAGCCAUGUCAAUUUCUUUUCUGCUGAUACAUCAUAACACUGGGUUACAAAAAAACUGUUUUUUUUUUUUUUUUUUUUUUUUUUUUGGGAAGUUGUCUUUUUGACGGCACGGUGGAGGACGACUGGUUAGAGCGUCAGCCUCACAGUUCUGAGGACCCGGGUUCAAUCCCCGCCCCCGCCUGUGUCGAGUUUGCAUGUUCUCCCCGUGCCUGCGUGGGUUUUCUCCGGGCACUCCGGUUUCCUCCCACAUCCCAAAAACAUGCAUUAAUUGGAGACUCUAAAAUUGCCCGUAGGCGUGACUGUGAGUGCGAAUGUUGUUUGUUUCUAUGUGCCCUGCGAUUGGCUGGCAACGAGUUCAGGAUGUACCCCGCCUCCUGCCCGAUGACAGCUGGGAUAGGCUCCAGCACGCCCGCGAUCCAAGUGAGGAGAAGCGGCUCAGAAAAUGGAUGGAUGGAUGGAUGUUUUAUGUUCCCAUGUGUUUAUAUAUAGAUAUAUAUAUAUAGAUAUAUUUUAGAUGUUAGCAUAGAAUUUAUUCCAGUUAUUUUGUGAGCCCCCAAGCUGUGGCCCGUGGAGCCCACUUUGAAAAGCACUGCUUGACGCCUUUUCUUUGUCCAAU